AUGUCUGUCGAGUUUGCCCAAGAAGCUACACGCAAGUGGGACAUCUUCGUCGACACGAGCGAAGCCGACAAGGGGCCCAAGUUAAACUGCCCGUUCUGCCACAACAAGUUCACUAGAUCAGAUGCUGUCCGCAGACAUUCCAAGACGUGCGGCCAGGCGCAUGGAAGACGGCUCCCCGUGGCGGCUAAGCCAGGACGCAGGUACCAUGCCUGCGACUGUUGUGCCCGGUCCAGAAUAGGUUGUGACGGCCGGCUCCCAUGUUCGUCUUGCUGGGCUCGAAAGCAGCCUUGCACGUACAAUCGAGUGUCAGAGAGCCUGUCACCGGGAAGCAAAGCCACCGGGCCCCCAAGCUUCCUUGCUAUUGCAAUGGAAUCUAACCGGCCGGGGCAUAGUGAGCUUGAUCCUCGAGCAGACGUCGGUCUGAUAAAAUCAUCCGGAAGCACCACCGUGGUUUUCCUACUGCACUAUAUUAAUCCGCGAAAUGAUAACAUCCAAGACCACUUCAUCUGUCCUUCCUCGUUGUCACACGAGGCGCCUGUGGUCGAGGGCGACGGGGGCCUGAUUCAGGACCGAGACAGAGGAAUGCUACAGCCCUGGGUCCCUACGCAGGAUGGCAUGGGAGGGGCUUCGACCGAGGAAACGCGCGACCUGGACCUCGUUUGCGACGUCGACUUCUGGGUAGCUGACUGGCUGGGCAACCCUUGCGAGUGCCUGGCUCAUCACGAGAUAGAUCACGACAUAGAUUCCGACAGCGGCCUGGACCAGCUACAGGCGAACCUGUCCAGCAUCUCCUCAGCAUUGUGCGCAACCAGUAAAGGCAAAUUCUCAUUCACGGCCUAUUCGAUGCUCGUCGAGGCAACCGAGUUUGUCUUUGCACCCCAAAGGGCCCGCACGUAUGUUGAAUCCUACUUCGACAACUGGCACCCUCACUGUCCGAUGCUGCACCCUGCGUCAUUUGACCUUGCGCACGCCUUCCCCCCUCUAUCUGCUGCCGUCAUUCUCAUGGGGGCCUCCUUCUCGUCUAAGAAGGCUGCCAUGGCCGCCCAGGUCUGCCUGGAUGCCGCAGAGGAGUACAUCUUUGGCCACCAGCACUUUCUACAGCUCGUUGACCCGGCCUGCGGGGAGCAGCCGUUCCUAGAUGCCGCCCCCCUCCAGGCGGCGUUCAUUCUUGUCUUAUUGCAGCACUGGAAUAAUCACGGCACGGCUUGGAGGCAGAUCCGCCAGUACAGGUAUCCUGAUAUCGUUCGGGCAGCACGGAACAUGGGCCUCCCAUCACUCAGGCACCGGGGCUGCUUGCAUGGCGAAGCAUCGGAUGCAGCUGGAGGUGAGAGCUGGGGGACAUUUAUCAGGACAGAGGAGUCCAUCAGCCCGCCCUUUGGCGACCUUGUCUCUGAGCAAAAGUAUUCUUGCAGGCUCAUGAACUACAUAUUCCUCGUCGACUCUUCUCAAGCCGUCUUCCACCGGACUCGCCCUUUUAUUGCGUUAUCUGAGUUGACUGGCUCAUUCCCAUGCUCUGAACACUUAUUUGCCAGCCAGCCCACCGACUCUCAAGCUCUCUAUAGCCCGAGAUCGUCUUCUCGCAAGAUGCCAUCUAUAGUAGACGGUGUUGCUCUCCUUAUGCAGGAAGUCUGGACAACUGAUAUCCCCUCUCGAUUUGGACAACUCAGUUACCUAGACUUGUUCAUUCUAGUAUCUGGCCUGCAUGAGAUUAUCUUUAGCAGCUAUACCGACCCCUCUCUUAGGAGGACCAAGACGACACUGCGACGAGCCCUCCACAGAUGGAAAUACUUGUGGAAUUCAAGUAUCGAAAAAAUGGGGGAUUCAGGGAAUAAAGGCUAUGGAUUUUUUAGCAAAGCUGAUGAAUUUUGGUGGUUAGCAAACGUGCUCCUUCAAGACAAUAGCCCUUUGUUAAGAAAAGAGGGGGAGGGAUCUGAAGAGAGCGACUAUAUGGACAGCUUGCAUAGCUUCUUGAGGCAGUUUGAUGAACUGAGUAUUGAGUCGUGA